CUAUCACUUUCUGGAUAUCCCCCUAACACUCUCACCAGACUAUAAAGAUUGGUCCUCUGUUCCCUUCACCACACAGCAGACAAGAAAGCUUGAGACCAGUAUUCACAGCAGACUUCUCCUCAUCUAAUCUCCAUCCCACCUGAGCCAGCAUGUUCACCCCUCGUCUUGCUAUGCUGUCUGUGCUUGUUCUUGUACUGAGUACCAUCACAUUUAGCGAAGGUCUUCGAAUGUCAAGCGGGCCGGAGAAGUGCUGCUUUACCUUUGCUGAGCGUCAGAUACCCAGAGGAAGAGUGGUGGGUUACACCAAGACCAGCCAGCAGUGCUCUAACCCAGCAAUUAUGUUUAAGACUCAGAAGGGGAGACAGGUGUGUGCCAGGCCCUCAGACAGAUGGGUGAAGGACUACAUCAACAUCCUGGACGGCAAGAACUUUGGGAAGCAGACGCCACUCCUGUAACCAUGGUGAUGUGACCCUCAUCUAUGUCAACGUCAAAGCAAAUCCUUCAAAACCUAUUUUGUUCCUCGGUUACACAAGAAGGACAUGGCCAGAACUCUGCCUCAGAGAGAGCAGUUAAGGUCCUGAGCCAAAACACCACCUGGGUCUAUCUGGGCAAAUAGAUAAGCUAAAUGAUCUCCAUAUAACUGUAAUGCUGUGAGCAGUCUGCGUUGCUGUGUAUACCUCUCUCUUUACCAUUUGAUGCCUGUGAUCGAUACUCAAUAUUUAUUUUUGGAAUCCAUAAAACACAUAAUUGUGCCGAAUGAGUUGUGCAUAGUAAUGAUUAGAUUCAAUUAGAAUGUAGUUCCAUAGAAUGUCCUAUGGAACUGCAUUCUAUAGGCCCAUUCUGUUUGAUUGCCUUCAAUGAAUUAAAAUGCAUGUGGAUAAA